UCUCACUCACUCACUCACUCACUCACUCACUCGCGUAUAUAAGUACCAAAAAUCUAACAAUGGCACCUUUCUCUUCUCUCACCACAACCUUAUACCGCUUUCCCCUUCACCGAUUCAUCGCCAAACCCCAAUUUUUCCUCUCUCCAAAUUCAAUCCCUUUCCAACUCUCACAUACCCACGAACCAAAGAAAUUCAGUGGGUUUCGUCUGUUCUCAAUGGCUUCGGAACCGAAGGAGUUACCAGCUAACAACCCUGGUCUUACUGCUACCCCUGAUCCAGCUACUAAGGGUUACUUCAUGCAGCAAACUAUGUUUAGAAUCAAAGACCCCAAAGUGAGCCUUGAUUUUUAUUCUCGCGUUUUGGGCAUGUCGUUGCUUAAGAGAUUGGACUUUCCAGAAAUGAAGUUCAGCUUAUACUUUAUGGGUUAUGAGAAUACGGCAGAAGCUCCCGGUAAUCCAGUUGAUAGAACAGUUUGGACGUUUUCUCAGAAGGCUACGAUUGAAUUGACACAUAAUUGGGGUACCGAAAGUGAUCCAGAGUUCAAAGGAUACCACAAUGGAAAUUCUGAACCUCGUGGCUUUGGGCACAUUGGGAUAACCGUCGAUGACACCUACAAGGCAUGUGAAAGAUUUCAGAGUCUAGGAGUCGAGUUUGUUAAGAAGCCAGAUGAUGGGAAAAUGAAAGGCAUAGCCUUUAUCAAGGAUCCUGAUGGUUACUGGAUUGAAAUAUUUGACCAAAAAACAAUUGGAACUGUAACACAAGCUGGUUCUUAAGAUAAUGCAACAUCAACUACAGGCUCAGCUUUUGUUAAACGGUUUGAUCCAUCUCUCGGCACAUUUUAUUGGGACCACUGCUUCUGUGUGAGAUUGGUUUUGAAGUUGUAGCAGUUUCUUAAACUUUCCAUGAGCUAUAUAUAAAUAAUUUGUAGUCACACAUAACAGAAGUAAUAUCAGGGAUUGUGUUGUGUUCUCUCUGGAAAAUAAAAAUCCGAAAGAGAUUCUGUUGUUAA